ACCUGUUAAUACUGACUGCAGUGGCACGAACACGUACACGGGCAUCGUAUUGUAGGUUGAGCUCUCCGAAGUUCUUCAUUGUUACAGCUGUAAUUUACCAAAGAAAUUGAAGAGACAAGUAAGACCCUACGGAGGUUGGGGGAAACAUUAUCUUGGAAAAGACAGAAGUAGGCCAGGCAACAAGUUAUACGGACGGGGGUUAAGUUGAAGACAAUGGGCGGCUGUAGUAGUAACUCCAAAUCGAGGGCUCUCCUACUGCUCUGCCUGCUACUACAGACGAUAGUCCUUGGGAUUGCCAAAACGAAAAUCUACAUGAAGACGCCAGGGGUAUGUGUAGCUUUCGGGGACUCAAUUCAUUUGGUCUGUGUACUAGGAGAGGCAUCAAACGAAGACACACAGAUAGCGUUCUUCAAGGGAUCGAUGCCACUCGCCAGUAACAGCAGGGUCCAUAUAAAUAACGACCACACUGAACUCUGUCGAGAGAUCGGCUCGAAUCGUAAAUGUGAUCUGAGGGCGAGUCUCACAGUAGAUGAUGUAUCGGCGAGCGAUAAAGGCGUCUACUGGUGUCAGGCGACAGAAAAUAAUAUUACAAUAAAAGCAAAUGCGACAGUGUUUGUGCAAUCACAAUCCGAACUUGAAUUGCCCGCCAAUGUGAUGACAGUUAAUCUGGGGGACAAUAUCACUGUCCCGCUAGACCGAAAAUGCGACCUCUAUGCACCAGUCCAAGUCACCAGAACGAGCAGGGAUGGAACGGUCAAAGAGCUUCCCUACCGGCACGACCACGAAGAAUAUCAACAUGCGUACGUCACCAAGCUAGAGGGUGCGCUCUUCAUCCCAGGCUUCAAUUGCACGGACGAAGGGAACUACACCUUUACUGUGAUCGCUGGCCGGAACUACAAACCUGUGUUCACGUCAAAAUCCAUUUACAUAAACGCUUCGUGUGAAGGUUGCUGCCAAGGAGACGCUCCCGUGACUUCAACCACGAUCAGCUUGGAUACAAGUAGCCAGGCUUACACAAGUCGCGAAGUCACUGCAGAACCGAGCGGCAACUCUGACGCAAUCGGCAUGGGUACAGGUAACACCGCCAACAUUGUCAUCAUUGCAACCCUGUGCGUCUUGGUGGUCGCCGGCCCCCUCGGAGUGCAUUGCUGGCACCGUCGCAAGAAUCGCCAUUCUUUCAGCCCAGAACGAAGCGCUGGUGCAGACGAGGAAGCACCUAGAUUGCGGCUUGAACGGAUGAACUCAAACGACCAAUAAGGAAACAUUGUCACGUGUCACGUGUUCCAGUUGGCGGGAAAAAAAUGCCCCGCCCUCCAUUCAAGGUUCCGAAUCUGAUGAUUAAAGACCGAUUUCAAAAGGAAACGUUUCGCAACUGUGACGUCCAAACGUUCAAUGUCUUUUUUGUCAGUGUUAUGACAGCACAAACCUUACUAGAAAAACCCGAUAUUGAAAAGAAUCGUGCACAAUUUGCAAAGGAAUGUCCAUAAUUAAACAGAACACAUGGUCGAAAAAUAAUGGUAAGCCCUUUCCCCGACCCCAAAUCUAAUGACAAAAUCUUGGGGUGCGUAACCAGUGUACUUGACCAAAAUAUUACAAAAGAUAUUCUUCCUCGUUUCAAAGGUUGAUUUGUAGUGACCAGCUCCUACAGUUACUGAGAAAGUUGCCUUUUCUACCGCAAAUGCCUUAUCAAAUUCAACAGCCCUCUAUCGUAACAUUUCCGAAAACAUAACUCAAAAAUAAUAAGAAUACUAUAACUCAAAACGAACGGGCUUACAUGUAAAUACUGUAAUUUUGUAGAUAAGUGUACAUAUAAAAUCAAUUGAACGGGGAAAAUAGAGGAAGGCCUAAUGUCUAAAUGUACAGGAAAAAAAAACGGUUUUGUUUUAUUUAUUCCGUCUCCAAAUAGUCUUUGCAGGUUGAAGACAGCAAACAAAACUACUUUUACAGCUGUGUUAUAAUGUCAAAUACAAAACACGGACAUUAUUAGGCCUAUCCUAAAUAAAUUGCAUUGGGUAAAAGAAAGACAAAUCGAGUUUUGCCUAAUUUCAUUAAUCAAAUACAGCAUUUGAAUUGUUAAUAAUGGGAAAAAUGUAAAAACAAAGAAAUAGUAUUUGACAAUUAGUUUUUUGAGCCCUUGAGUAUAGCGCACCACACCUCAUGAUUAGAUUUCCACCUUAUGAUAGGAACGCUGCUAGCCUUGGUGAUUUUAAAUCAGUGCUGAAGAAUCACCUUUUCAUAUAAGCUUUUUAUCAAUGUGCGCGUUGUUGAUAUUUUAUUGAUGCUAUCUUUAGAUAAUUUAUUGAAUUUGCUGUCAAUUUGUUUACACCUUUCUAUCGAUUAAUGUGUGAUCUCACUGUAUUUGUUUUUAACAUACUCGUGAAAGGGUCAUGUCUUAUCACUUUUAUGAAUAUAUUGUGAAAUUUUUGAGCGUUUUACCGAUUAAUUUUGUGAUAUUGUAAUUUACCAAUGUUUUCAGUAAUUUAUCAUAGUUCUUUUUGUUAGAUUAUUUAUUCUCUAAUUGUUAUCUGCUCCGGUAAAUUGAAUGAAACUGGAGCAAUAUAAAUCAAUAAAUUAUUAUAAAAUAUUACAUUUGGGAAAACAAUUAAAAUAUUAUUACAUUUACUAAAGGUUGAAUAUGACGUGCCCGACUCCAGAAUGUUCAAGUCGGGCGAGAAUACAAUCCUUGCUUAAUAUUGACUUGGAUUCCUAGCCGAACAAUAGGUUAAUCUAUCGAAAUGUUUUCUUUAGUUUUUAUGUGAAACUAAGCUUGAUUCUUGAUUGAUGUUUUCUUACAUACACUUUUUAUUAAAGUUCAAAAAGUUAAUUUCUUCUGGAUUCCAAAGAAGACAUUCCUAAUAGUUCUAGGGCCUUAGAGUGACAAUCAUAGCUUAUUUUUUUAUCAAUUUUAUGUGAGUCAAUUCGUGGACAAAUGUGUGUGUUAUGAUUUUUUUCUAACAUACACUUUAUAUUAAAGUGCAACGAACGUUUACAUUA